GGCGCAAAUGCAGAACACAAAUUCAGUCGGAGUUGUGUAUUCGAGUCCUCCAGAUCCAACAUCCUUGGUCUUUUGUCACUUUUUUAGUACUCUGCAAUAUUCUUUUCUUUGAGAAGGGUGUGAGGGUUUAUGGAAAAAAUCGGGCGUGGACUGUGAAAAAAUCCUCAAAGAUAACUUAAAGGCUUAUAGUUUAUCUAGGGGAUUUUUAGGAGGUCUAUUUAUUGAUCAUGAGUGGGAAUCCUAUUGAAUUUUGUUGAAAAGUUUAUGUGCAUAAGGACAAAUGGUAUCUUGUGAUUUUGGGUGAGGUCUAAGAAAACUUCAUAAAUUAUCUCCUGGAAUUUCAUCCGAAAGGUCUGAUGAUUGAGAAAUAAGGAGAAAUUCUGAGAUUGUUAGACUUAGAGUUAAGAUAAGGAAACUGCCCUAUUAUGUAAUUCACUUGUAGGGGCGUCACAGAGUGAGGGAGUGAAAAGAGGAGUGAGUGGUUGUCUUGUGAAAAUGAGGGUGGAAACUUGCUUGUGCAUCUCAAUUGUGGUGCUAUGUGUUUUUGCUGUGGAAUAUGCCUCAGGAUGGCGUUCAGGGACAUCAACAAAGUCCUCAAGUGGAAAGAAUGAGCUCAAUAUCGGGCUCAUUGCGCCCCAUACGAACUUCGGGAAGCGCGAAUACCUUCGUGCUGUGAAUUCCGCCGUUCUGGCACUCUCAAAAACACGGGGUCAGAAAUUGACUUUCCUCAAGGACUAUGCCUUCCUACCGGCAAACAUUCACUUCGGCAUGAUGUCCCUUACGCCCAGCCCAACGGCCAUACUCGAAACUUUAUGCAAAACAUUUCUCCAGGUGAAUGUGUCAGCGAUUUUGUACAUGAUGAACUACGAGCAGUACGGAAGGAGCACCGCUUCUGCACAGUAUUUUCUCCAACUGGCCGGUUACCUGGGCAUUCCAGUGAUUUCCUGGAAUGCUGAUAACUCUGGCCUAGAGAGACGAGCCUCCCAAUCAACCCUACAGCUGCAACUGGCACCGAGCAUUGAGCACCAAAGUGCUGCAAUGUUGAGCAUUUUAGAGCGAUAUAAGUGGCACCAAUUUUCUGUAGUGACUUCUCAGAUUGCCGGGCACGAUGACUUCGUGCAGGCAGUGCGUGAGAGAGUCGCUCAGAUGGAUCACUUUAAGUUCACCAUUCUCAACUCCAUCAUUGUCACACGGCCAAAUGACCUGAUGGAGUUGGUGAACAGUGAAGCGCGCGUUAUGCUCUUGUAUGCCACAAAAAGUGAAGCUAUUGACAUCCUUCAUGCAGCUCAAGAUCUCAAGCUCACUGGAGAGAAUUAUGUCUGGGUAGUAACUCAGAGUGUCAUUGAGAAUACCCAGACUCAUCCUCAGUUCCCCGUUGGAAUGCUUGGGGUGCAUUUUGACACCUCAAGCGCCCAAUUAGUCAAUGAGAUUGCAACUGCCAUUAAAGUCUUUGCCUAUGGCGUGGAAUACUACCUCACUGAUCCGGCAAAUCAUGGCAGGAAGCUCAACACUCAUAUGCUUUCCUGCGAGAAUGAAGGACAAGCUCGCUGGGACAAUGGAGAAAUAUUUUUCAAGUAUCUUCGGAAUGUGUCCAUGGAGGGGGACCUCAACAAACCGAACAUUGAAUUUACCGCUGAUGGAGAUCUCAAAUCAACUGAGCUGAAAAUAAUGAAUCUUAGACCCAGUGUCAACACAAAAGGACUCGUUUGGGAAGAAAUUGGAGUUUGGAAGUCCUGGGCAACACAGAAACUCGAUAUCAGAGAUAUUGCCUGGCCAGGAAAUUCUCAUGCGCCUCCGCAAGGAGUUCCUGAAAAGUUUCACUUAAAGAUUACAUUUUUGGAGGAAGCACCUUACAUCAAUUUAUCUCCUGCGGAUCCCGUUAGCGGAAGAUGCCUUAUGGACAGGGGUGUCCUGUGCAGGAUUGCUUCUGAUCAGGACAUGGCUGAUGUUGAUGUGGCUCAAGCGCACAAAAACAGCUCUUUUUACCAAUGCUGCAGUGGCUUCUGUAUCGAUUUACUGGAGAAAUUCGCAGAGGAAUUGGGAUUCACGUACGAAUUGGUUAGAGUUGAGGAUGGGCGAUGGGGAACUCUGGUUAAUGGCAAAUGGAAUGGAUUGAUAGCGGAUCUUGUGAACAGGAAAACUGACAUGGUUCUCACAUCUCUAAUGAUCAAUGCUGAACGUGAGGCUGUUGUGGAUUUCAGUGAACCCUUCAUGGAGACAGGAAUUGCAAUUGUUGUGGCCAAGAGAACAGGAAUAAUCUCCCCAACAGCCUUUCUAGAGCCUUUCGACACAGCCUCAUGGAUGCUGGUGGGAAUUGUUGCAAUUCAAGCAGCAACCUUCAUGAUCUUCUUCUUCGAAUGGCUCUCGCCCAGUGGUUAUGACAUGAAGCUCUCAGUGCAAACCACAGGCUCAGUUAUGCCCUAUCGAUUCUCCCUUUUCCGAACUUACUGGCUGGUCUGGGCUGUGCUCUUCCAGGCUGCUGUUCACGUAGACUCUCCCAGAGGAUUUACUGCCAGAGCCAUGACUAAUGUCUGGGCCAUGUUUGCUGUGGUCUUCUUGGCUAUCUACACUGCCAAUUUGGCCGCUUUUAUGAUCACCCGUGAGGAGUUUCACGAAUUCACUGGACUCGAUGAUACUAGACUUUCCCAUCCCUUCUCUCACAAACCUGUCUUCAAAUUUGGCACUAUCCCCUGGAGUCACACGGAUUCCACGAUUCGCAAAUACUUCCCAGAGAUGCAUUACUACAUGUCACAAUACAAUAAAACCAGCGUUGCUGAAGGAGUAGCUUCAGUGCUUAACAGCAAACUCAAUGCUUUUAUCUACGAUGGAACAGUUCUGGACUACCUCGUAGCCCAAGAUGAGGAUUGUCGUUUAUUAACCGUUGGAAGUUGGUACGCAAUGACUGGAUAUGGCCUUGCCUUUAGUAGGAAUUCAAAGUACGUUGAAAUGUUCAACAAACGACUCUUAGAAUUCCGUGCUAAUGGGGAUCUUGAACGUCUUCGAAGAUAUUGGAUGACGGGGACUUGUCGUCAGGGAAGACAAGAGCACAAAUCAUCAGAUCCAUUGGCUCUUGAGCAAUUCUUAUCUGCUUUUCUCCUCCUAAUGGCUGGGAUUCUUUUAGCAGCUCUCCUCCUGGCCUUGGAGCAUGUCUACUUUAAAUAUUUCCGCAAGCGUUUGGCAAAGUCUGACGGUGGAGGAUGUUGCGCCCUUAUUUCACUUUCCAUGGGAAAAUCUCUAACAUUCCGUGGUGCAGUAUUUGAGGCACAGGAAAUUAUACGGAAACACCGAUGCAGUGAUCCAAUUUGCGAUACUCAUUUGUGGAAGGUUAAACAUGAAUUGGAUAUGGCAAGAUUGAGAAUUCGACAGCUGGAAAAAACUAUGGAUCAUCAUGGCAUAAAACCGCCUCAGAUAAAACUGUCCUCAGCAUCUGACCUAAUUGAUGCAGCCUACAAAGAGAACCGUUUUCGUCCUCCUUUACUGGGUAAUUUAAGCCUUGGUGGAAGUGAUCAGAAUCUCUUUAGAUGGUCUUACAAAACAGAAAUUGCCGAAAUGGAAACCGUACUCUAAACUUCUCAAAAUCUUUCCCUUUGGAAAAAAAAACUUUGCACAAAAAGUCCUUUUUCUUUUUUUUUUUACUUUAAUCACAAUCAACACCACUGAGCGCUUCCAGGAAAUGAAAAAAAGGUGAAUUUGAAGUCUGCUUAAGUUCCCGACAUAAUAUUGGUGAAUCAAAAUCACAAAAAAACACCCAAAAUAUUACUUCUUUCUUAAAUGUCUUAAAGUUAUCAUUAAACAUUUUUAACGGUAUUGAUGGCUAACACGAUGUGAAUUAAUGUUACUUGCAUUUGACCAGCAAUUUGUCGGUUUCAUUAAAUAAUUUCCCUCAUCCCAUGGAGAUUGUGUCCAGAAGCCAAUAUUGUCGUGAAAAAAAAAAAGAUUUAGAAAGAGCAAUGAGCUCAAUGUAGUCUAGUUGUUUAACACAAUUCACAAUGUGCAGAAAAAAAAGCUAAACCAAAAAAUGAAUGUUAACUCAGAAGAAACAUGUUAGUGUAAUGAUUUUCUAGUAGUAGUCACUUUUAGAUGCCAGAAAACCCUAAGAAAUAUUAACGAAAAAAGUUGUCUACGUAAUAAUUUGUUACAUUUGUUACUAUUUUUAAAAAAUACCAAACAAAUACUAUAUACUCAAAGAAUGUUAACAGACUUAUCAAUUGAUGGGCGGAAUAUCAGAUUAUGAGCAUUUAGGAUUGGAAAUUAAAUAACUAAAGGAAAUGUGAAUUAAAAUAUACUAUGAAUAAAGUAAUUGUAGUGGAA